AUGAUUUCUACAUCCCUGGAUUAUAGAAUCGAUUAUUGGUCUGUUUCCUCGCUGCUGGAAGGUCACAUGGACAUUGGUGACUUUUUCUUCACAGAACACAGGUGUGUUGAAUCUGCCAAAAUUAGAGCUAAAUAUCCAGAUAGAGUACCAGUGAUUGUGGAGAAGGUAUCUGGCUCACAGAUAGUGGAUAUAGACAAAAGAAAGUACCUGGUGCCCUCUGAUAUUACAGUGGCACAGUUCAUGUGGAUCAUUAGGAAGCGGAUCCAGCUGCCAUCUGAGAAAGCCAUCUUCCUUUUUGUAGAUAAGACAGUGCCUCAGUCCAGUUUGACCAUGGGCCAGCUGUAUGAGAAGGAAAAAGAUGAAGAUGGAUUUUUGUAUGUGGCUUAUAGUGGAGAGAACACAUUUGGCUACUAACUAUCUGUGCUUCAGCUCACCCACCAAUUAUGCUCACCCAAUGGAAACCGUACUUUUACUGUAGAUACAUUAUCUUUUUGGAAAAUGAUCGUGUGUGAAACAUUAACUAUUAUGAAUACAUUUAAUACUUAUACAUUGUUUAUUGUUUAAAUUAUACAAGUUUUCUUUGCAGUUAAAUAUUGUGACGUGCCUGCUGUUUGAAAUUUUUAAUUAGUUGAGAUCUGUAUUUAAGUUGUGUAAAUAUGGAAUAAGGUGGCUGGAACAACCUAACCAAUAAUAAAACACAUCAGAAUUUACAA